AUGCCUCCUUUUGUCAAGUUCUUCCAAGAGCAGUCUGAGGUGAAGAGGGAGCAUGCAAAGCAGUUCCUAAGAUGCCUAAGAAAACGUGAGGGUGCUAUCUGCCUUCCAGUUAUUAAGAAGCCUGAUAUAGAUGACUGGGGAAAUGGCAUGCAAGCCUUAAAGUCUGCUCUGCAGUUGGAAAAGUUAUUAACGGAGGUCCUGAAAGACCUGCAGUCCUCUGCUUUGGAGAAUGAUGAAGCUGAUCUCAUAGACUUCGUGAAGGGGUUCCUGGAUAAACAGAAGACAACCAUAGACCUUCUGAAAUACUUUCAGAAGGGAAUAGAAGAGUCGGGCCAGUGGAAAUGCCUAGCUAAAAAGCAGGCUAACCCAUCAGAUGAAGAAACUUAACUUUUGAAUAGCACAACAGGUCUUUGCAUUGCAGCAGGUCCUAGAGUCCUUUACUUCAGACUCUUAAUUGGUUCCAUUUGCCUGAGGACUGCUUUCCUUUUUACCUAGUUUCCUAAUCCUCAUUGCUGUGCAUGCAAAUAAAUCUACAUUCUAAUGAAGUAUAAGGAGACUGCUGUUGGAUCACUAGAAGGAUUAGUUCUACCAAUGUGGAAUGAUGUGAAAGCUUCCUGAGCCACAGGGGGUGCAGUAGAAGUAAAGCAGGCCAGGCAGGCAUGGCACUCAUCGCUGUAAUCCUAGUACUUUGGGAGGCCAAUGUAGGAGGAUAGAUUGAAGUCAGGAGUUCAAGACCAGCCUGAA